AUGCAUCGAUAUGCUGGAAAUACACCACCUUAUUUGCCUUCAGAGGAAGAGGACGAGGAAGAGGAAGAGGAAGAGGGAGAGGAAGAGGGAGAGGAAGAGGAAGAGGAAGAGGAAGAGGAAGAGGAAGAGGAAGAGGAAGAGGAAGAGGAAGAGGAAGAGGAAGAGGAAGAGGAAGUGGAGGACGAGGACGAGGACGAGGACGAGGACGAGGAGUACGAAGUCAAUGUGAAUGUAGUAAGCAAAGAUGAAGAAGACAAAGAUGAAAGCGAUGGAGAGAGCACAGAAGAUCCAAGCAAAGUAGUAGAUGUUCAAGAAAUCAAGAGCAGACUUGGCAACUGCAUGGGAUGCCAGGACGAGAUGUCAAGAGACUCGAAGGGCAUUGUAUGCAUGCAGGGUCAUCUUAUCUGCAAAAGCUGCAGCGAAGGGUUCCUUGGAGGCAUUUGGGAAAACCCAGGGAAGAACUUGCCACCAAAAUGUCCCAUUUGCUCCAUAGAGCUCAAUGUUGAGAUGGUGGAGAAAUGUCUUUCUGCAGAAAAGAAAGAAGAGUUCCAACAUCUCAUGCUCGUUCACGUAUUUUCAUCUCAACUUACAUCGGAAGGGGAAAAGAUCUUCCGCUGCCCUUUCUGUCCAUACUUUGAGAUUCGAGCUUCUACACAUGGAAACAUGUUCAUUGAGUGCAAGUCUAUGAAUUGCAAGAGAGUGUCUUGCUCCACUUGCAUGCUAGAAUGCCCUCGACUGGAAGAUGGAUACGAAGAAGACGAGGAGAGUCUGGAAGACAUCCAGAAGCAUUUCAAGUGUGCCGAGCUCGGUGUACAGAAGGAGCGAGUUGAGAAAGCCCUGGAGCUUGGAAUGAAGGUGUCUUGCCCGUCCUGCGGGGUAUCUGGCAUGAAGGACCACAACUGUACCCAUAUGGUCUGUCUCCAGUGCAGGCAGGUCUGGUGCUACUUUUGCGGCAAGAAGGAGGAGGACGCAAACAAGAGUAGGAGCCAGAGAGGAAUUUACGGUCACAAUGUUAGCUGGCAGACUAAGAUUGGAACUCGCUGUCCCAUGUACCUGAGCCAGCUGUCAGAGACGCAUCGGUGGCCUGGUGAUGAAGACGAGUGCCUGGCCAUGUUUCAUAGGAUACGAACCGCGACUUUGCUCAAAAAGGUGAUGGACGACUUGGGAGAGGACGUCUGCAAGCAGCUAGACGAGCAGUUUUCUGUGUUCAAAGCAAGUGGGUUUGCACCUCAGGAAAUUGAACAGCUAUCGUCAAGCCCACUGAGCUCAAUCUUGACACAUGGCAUCAAAAUUUGA